AUGUCCCCAUGUGAGGCCAGGUCGAUGCUGCGGCAGCAUGGUUUCUGGUUCAACUCGCAGAUUUUCCGAGGACGCCUCGGCCCGUUGCUCGAUCUGGCAAAUCGUAAAGAAGCUCUCCUCGAGAGAGAGAACGUGAACAUGUACCAUUACGAUUACUAUGCUGGUCAGUGUGACCCUUUGGUCAUGUCGGUGGGGAUAUUCUUUGGUCAUGCAGAUGGUCUCACUCGGCCGUCUGAUGUGAUCGAUGCCGAUGGUGUUGACUAUCGAGAGUAUUUCGACACUCUUAGAGCUCACGUUACGUUUUUGGUAAAGGAAAUGUUCCCAGAAUAUUCUGUUACCUACCAAGAAGGUCACGAUAAGGUGAACUGCUGUCCACAGCACGAAUGA